AUGAUAGCUGAGAUUUGGGCAAAGAGAGCUAGGAACCCCGCGGAAAACAACAACGAUAUCGAGCUGGGAAACCUGCCCCCGAGGACGACGCCCACGAACAUGCCGAACGAAGACGAGAACGGAGACAGGGGCAUCAUCGAGCUGAGAGACCCGCCCCAGACGACGACAACCCGUACGGAAAUCCAGAACCAAGAUGCGAAUGGAGACUUGGGCACCGGAGAUCUAAGUGACAGAGAUGUGCUCGAAUUCUCCUCGGAACAGCACAGAGACGACAGCGCACGCGGCUGGAGUCCACUAGACGCCUAAAACGUUCGGUGGUGAUUCCGGCAAAGUGGGACCGAUCCGGGGAACGGACAUCGGUGACCCACCGGCCCACUGAUCAGCGGUCUGGCCAAGAGCCGCACGGAUUGUCCGCAAGUGUUUCUAUUCUGGGCCGAAGCCCAAACGCUGAUCCCUUUCCACAUUUUUCGGCUGUCAAAUCAUCGCAUCAAAAGAAAGUCCGGAAUCACACGUGCGACUGGGUUGCACAGCAUGCAUAGGGCACAGAAACCCCAACUUAUCCAUGCAUAAUAUCCCGCGACCGCUAUGGAGAGAAGUCAUCUUACAAAAAUCUGGAAAACAUAUAUCGCGGAAUCGAAGCAAGGGUAUAACAUCUGUUAUGAUUUACACAGCGUGGGAUAUCGGUGGACGCCUCUUUUCGCCGGAACACUGGUCCCGAGCAUUGUGGCUUU